AUGGUCGAGCUCAACGGUCUCCUGGCAGAACCGACUCCGAGCCAAAUCGCUGACUGCCGUGUGAUCCUUCCGCCAUCUCUUCCUCCAUCGUUCCUGGAUGUCAUUGAGGAGGCAGCGGAUUGGGCGCUCUCCCAUCCGCCCAACCCCAUCUCCAAGCGCGAAGUGCCCAAGACCAACAGGUUCAUGGUGGCGGCGGGUGGCUUGGAGCAGGGCCUCAACACGGCGGUGAACGCCGCACCUCUGAUGAUCGCCCCACGGGCCAUCAUCAAAUGUUUCGAAGCAGCUUGCUCCCACAAGAGCUUUCGAGAGGGCUUGGCGGUGGAGAUGGAGCAAUUCACCAACCUCGUCUUCUCCGUGGAAUCUGCGGCCCUGCGUCAUCUCUUCCUCGCCGAGCGCUUGGCGCAGAAGGUGCCAGGGAUCGAUGAGAAGCCUGCGCCACUGAAGAAGAUCGGCAUUUUGGGCGCCGGCUUGAUGGGUGCCUCGGUGUCGAUCGCCAUGUGCUUUGUACAGAAGGGCGUGCCAGUGGUGCUGAAGGACGCCAAGCAGGAGUGGUUGGAUGCCGGCAUGAAGAAGAUCGAGUCCCUUUGGGGCGGACAGGCCAAGAGGGGUGGUUUGAGCAAGGAUAAGUUCAAGCAGUACAUGAGCAGCUUGGCAUUGGAUGAGGACUAUGCGGACUUCAAAGAUGUCGACAUGGUCAUCGAAGCGGUCCCAGAGAUCAUGGAGCUCAAGAAGGAGGCGACAGCGAUCGACCGGCCUCCACCGGCUGGCGCACGACCGGCCUCUCGAGCGGAUGACAUCGCAUGCGUGCUGAAGGCAGCAGCGUUUGUCUUGGGAGUGGGGAAGCUGGGGGGAAAGAUCACCAGGGAUUUGGCAGAACAGGAUAGGAUGGUUUGGGAGGAAGGCGCGACCGUGGAACAGAUCGACAAGGCGGCCACGACGUUCGGAAUGGCCAUGGGCCCCAUGGCUUUGGGUGACCUGGUGGGCCAGGAGCUCUUCUGGAAGCAGCGCAAGGCUGCAGGUGACAUGAACAAGCAGACAAAGACCUACUUCGGCCCCUAUGAGCUCACCGACUGGCUGUGCGAGCAGGGACGCUUCGGCAUGAAGACCCCAGACCCGAAAAUCAAGGCGCCGCCCUGCGAGACUCGGUUGGUGACAGAUGUUGGAAAUGCUUGCAAUCUCUUUUUGGGCCUGUGA